GCAUUUGGUGCCAGAUGGAUAAUUCAAUCUGUCAGCGUAAACCUAAUGAGAGUCAAGGUGAUUAUAUCACGAGGUUACAGAACACAUACAAGUUUCUAGGAAGAGCAAUACGAAUAGAAAUGGGUCACAAAAAAGAAAAUUUCAUCCAUUCUUGCCAGUUUGAAGAUCGCCCCUGCACAGGCCUCAUAGGACAGUAUUUCAACUACGAGUAUACCAACUGUUUCACUAUAAACGCUCGCUGGGUUGAUGAAAAUGCCAUGCCUCUGAAUGCCAGUAUGUUCCGACCAAGAAGUGGAAGAUCCUCAGAACUUUCAAUUAUGCUCAACCUGGAAACACACGAAUACAGCGUAAUGAAUCCAGUAAAACGGGCCAGGAUGACAAUUCAUUCGGCAGAUACUAUCCCCAAUCCACAAUAUGAUGGUGUCAGCCUCCAGCCUGGCUUGACUUACAACUACGGCGUUCGAGAGAAUGUAGUGAAUGUUCUUCCGUAUCCUUAUCAAACUAAUUGCAAGAAUUACACAGGACUGGAAGAGAGAAGGACGAAAUCAAAACUGACUCAAGAGGGCUGUAUGUCAGAAUGUUGUGCUAACCUGCAUGUGAAAUACUGCGAUUGUACAGUACACAGACUAUCUUUGAUCUAUGACAUAAGAACCUGCUGGAAAAAUGAAGAAGUGCAAUGCUUGAAGAAAUACGACCAGCUUGUAAAAGACCAGUGUUACCCAGAAUGUCGAAUGCCAUGUUCGAAAAUAACAUACAGUUAUAUUUCCGUUGAUUCUUUCACUUUACAGCAGGGAGCAUGCUAUGAUGAGGAUAUGUUUAAUCAAACGGUGUCUGAUGACAGCAGGAAAAAUUUCAUUUGUCUACGUGUUUAUUAUGCUACUGCUGAUUCUGAGGUCUACAGCCAUAAGCCAAAGUAUAAUGGAAUACAAGUCUUCAGUAUCAUAGGUGGGUACAUUGGUUUGUGGCUUGGAGUAUCACUGCUGGAUGUUCAUGGUUACCUUUCAAAUGCAAUAUUCCUCUGUUUUGCAAAGCACAAGACUAAAGAGAAGAGAUGUAAUAAUGUAAAAACAUUCAAGAAACAUUCUGUUUCUCAUCAGUAUCAUUGAUAGGUACACUGUCAAAUAAUCAUUUGAACCCCAAUGCAAUACUUCUCUUUCUCAGAAAUGCAUUAUCACAAGCAAAACACUUUCAGUGAUCACAACCCUCAUGUCUACUUGAAAAUUCUUUGGAAUACUAUUUUCUUUAUGCUUAUUCCGAAGUUAGCUCAAUGAUAUCUUGGUAGCUAUUUCAGUUUUAUAGCUCUCUCUCUCUCUCUCUCUCUUUUUUUUUUUUUUUUUUUUUUUUUUUUUUUUUUUUUUUUUUUUUUUUUUUUUUUUUUUUAAUGUGCAACUGGAAUUUUGAUUUCUGAAAAUUAUGUUUCUUCUUUACAGCUGGUGCUUUAGUUUUCUGUUUUAUUUUAUCAAUCAGUUUCUUACAAACUUUUAAAAGCGAGUAGUUUUGGUCUGUUUUUAUUAGUUAAUCAUCAUUAUAGAUGUAUAGAAUUUGUUGGCCAUCGGAAUUUUUUCAGAUAAUGAAAAAAAAUCCCGUUUUUUUAGAAUAAUUUUAAUUAACAAAACCCGAUUUCUGCAAAUAUUUUUUGUCUAUAAAACAUUCGUCUGUACUUCGAAACACGCCAUUAAAAACAUAAUUUCAAACAAUUUUUGAUGAGUUACAAUAUAUUACAUUUCAUUUCUUCGUGAGACUUUUCCCAUAACUUCACUCAACUAACAUUUUUAAUACCAUAAUUAAUGACCUUUUCACAAGUACUGUAAUUUAAAUAGUUUAAGCAGGUGCUGUAUGGAAAUUCAGAUAUAUAUAGGAUUCAAAAUUAAACCACAUUUUAAAAGUGGCAAUGUUGAAUUUUGUUCAAAGUGUUAAAUUAGAAAUUAGAUAUAAGAAGUUAAAUAUAAACAAUACUUUUCUCAAAAUACACAA